GUGAGGCAGCGGGGUGAGGGCGGCCGGAGCGGGCGAUGGGGCGAUCUGGGCCCGGUCCUAGCCACCUCGCUCACCGGGGCGCCGUUGGGUAGGGAGGGGUUAAAGGGAGAAAUGGCAGCCUCCUCUUCAUCCUCUUCAGCUGGCGGAGUGAGUGGAAGCUCUGUAACUGGAUCUGGGUUCAGUGUUUCGGAACUUGCCCCACCACGGAAAGCCCUCUUUACGUACCCCAAAGGAGCUGGAGAAAUGUUAGAAGAUGGCUCAGAAAGAUUCCUUUGUGAAUCCGUUUUCAGCUAUCAGGUUGCCUCUACAUUAAAGCAAGUGAAACAUGAUCAACAAGUUGCUCGGAUGGAAAAACUAGCUGGUUUAGUAGAAGAACUGGAAGCAGAUGAGUGGAGGUACAAGCCAAUAGAGCAGCUGCUGGGGUUCACUCCAUCCUCAGGCUGAAAGCUUUGGGAUCACUGGUGUUGAAAGACAACACAAAUAUACAACACUCAGGAUUGAUUUUUAAAUACGCUGCCAUUUAUCAGUGUGUUCCCAGCUGCAUCAUGUUUUUUAAAUCCACACCAGGUGGCUCUGUAAUAGUAUCCAGUAAGUUGCAACCACAAAAUUGCAAAUCCUUUUAGUCUUCUGCAGUGUAGACAUUUGGUAGUAAUUCAGCAGGGCCUGAUUUCUGUAACUUAUGAAAUACCAUAAGUUUUAAAGACUUGGAGAAUAACUUGUUUGUUUAACGGGGAAGGGAAGGUUAUUUUAAAAAACCCAAUCAUUUCUACUCACAAUGGAGUGUACGUGCCUGAAUUGGCCAGGUAAUAUCAAUCAUUCAGGACCUGGAUACCUUUGCUGUUUUGAGUCCAAAUCCUGGAGGGCAAAGGCACUGAAUGGAAGAAGAUUCUUUUUGAAGAAGAAUGUGAUAACGAACUGUGCGGGGCCAACUGAAGGGGAAAAUGUUAACUGAUUUCUAUAUUUAGAUCUCCUUGUUUUUGCUGAGUCUUUUCUCUCUGCUGGCAUGUUUCUUUUUUGACUGUACACAGAAUAUUAGGAGAAGGGAGCUGCUGUUUAAUGCAGAGGCGGUGACUCAAGACACCGAAAUCUGCUCUUACUUUACCAUAAUGUAUACAACUGUUUGUUCUAUGGCCAAUAAAUUUCAAGAGUUUGAA